GUGAGUGAACAUCAACAUCCGUUCCCAGGUGUCAGGUUGGUGCCGCAGUCAGCAUGGCCGCUCGGAGCUUCGGAAGUUAGUCUCAUUUGGCGUCGGGAGACAGAAUGGGCGCCAGUGUGCAGGGAGUGGGUGUAUUCACGCUGAUGCUGAUUCUCGCAGAGGUGGCCGCACAAGCUGCAGUCCAAAGAGAUGCUGAUGCUUCAAAACUUUUGACUACUGAGGGGAAUGAAGUAAUUUCUAAUUCAGUCAGUGAUGCACAACUUGAAGAAACAGAUGGACAGACUAAAAGGAAAGCACACUUUCCAACAGCAGAAAUGGCUGAUGCAGUCCUGGGAAGUGGAAUUACCUCAAAUGAAAAGGCUUUACUGACUCUAAUGCAGAAUAUUAGAAGUGAACACCCUGCAUUUGAAGGCAGAGACGCUCUCUGUACUGGCCCAAGUGGAGAAAAGGGCGAAUGUAGUGUUCCAAAGGAAAUGUUUCCUUCGUUUUCAUAUAUCUCGUCCAGUAGUCAGGAGGGAGAGCUACUUGAAAAGAAAGCCACAAAUGUCAUGGAACCAGCAAAGACUGAAAGCACAGCAGUGGAAGAGUCAAAUGUCACUGGAACAGCCAAAGCACCAAAAGUAAACUGUGAAGAAAGAAAUAUCACUGGAUUAGAUCGCUCUAUCGUACAAAUCCUUAAUGGCUCACAAGACCUCAUGGAAUUUCUGAGUGCCAACGGCAGUGACUGUUCUGUAGUCCUGUUCUACACACCGUGGUGUCGAUUCUCUGCAGACCUUGGUCCACAUUUCAAUGCAUUACCACGUGCUUUUCCUUCCCUACAAUUUCUGGCACUGGAUGCAUCUCAGCACAGCAGUCUCUCUACUAGGUUUGGUACAGUUGCUGUUCCUAACAUCCUGCUGUUUCAAGGUGUCAAGCCAAUGGCAAGGUUUAACCAUACAGACAGAACUCUUUCAACCCUGAGGGCAUUCAUCUUUAAUCAAACGGGUAUUGAAGCAAAUGGCACAGUUGAAGUAACAGAAGAAGAUCUUAUUGGUCCACUUCCCAGUGUUGCAGUGAGAGGCAUUGACUGGCUUCUUGUCUUCUCCAUAAUGUUUGUCUGUAGUUUUCUAAUUUAUGGUACAGUUCAGUCAGAUAGUAUCAAAUGGUUAAUCCCAGGACAAGAGCAUGAACACCAGGAAUGAACUCUUACAACGAGCUAGUUACAACCCGGAGCAAAGAGCAGCUACACUGGUGCUCCACACUAUUUAUGAAUAAAUGAGUUAGCUUUUUAUCACAUGUUGCUGCUUUGUGUGGGAAUUUAUGUAAGUAUUUGUCACUAUGAAUAAGCUUAGUGUUUAUCAAAUGACCAAUAGUUUGGCGAGUCAUACUUCCAUAUGGUUAAUUUUUGUAUGACAAAUUUAUUUAAGUGCAGCAUAUAGAAUGAAUACCUAAUGCCAGUUUUAACUUGAAGUGUUUCAGAUGAGAUACAAGUUAGUAAUAAGUAUAUUUGAAAUUAAUUAUAUUGAGGAUGGAAAAUUGAAUCCUAUUUAAAGCUGUACAAUGGGCACUAUCACAUUUAAUCUUGCAGUUAAGAAUAGAACUAAAUCCAUUGGAUUCUCAAAAUCAAGAUCAGUUGAGUUCCUCACACUUAAGAAUUAGAAUCAGUUUUAAUAUUACUGACAUAUGUUGUGAAAUAUGGUGUUUUUGGCAACAGUACAUUGCAAUACAUAAUAAAAAACCUAUACAUUAAGAAUUAUACUGUAUUUAUGUGUAUGUUGUUAUGAAUGUACCACAGCUCUGAGGGGCCGAAGGGUGCAGGGUAGCCCCCUCCUUUGUGAGAAUCGCAAGAUCACUAUUGAGUCAGUUCAGGAGAUCCAGGACCCAGGAGAGAAAGACAUGCAGAAUUCACAAAGAUUGGAAUGUGACCUGGCCUCCCAGAGGGGACCCAUUGAUACCGGCUAUUGUCUCUUGGAGACGGACUUGUGUAUUGCAUCCUGUGCGAUGCAUUGAAGCCCCAGGCAAUGAACCGAGGGGGAGGUUGGUGGAGAGAUUGCAUCAUCUCAACCUGAUUGACAUCUGAGACCCUUUGAGUCAGGAUAAAAGAGGGUCUGGGGAACAGCCCCUUCAGACGCACCAGAAGAAACGCUAGCGAUCCCGUAAUAGCGGAAGCCGGUGGGGAGGCCACGUGCGUUCGGUUCCAUUUGCCCCGGAACCGGUGUCCUUUACCACGGAAGAACGGCUUUUAGCUAACAACGGGGAAACCAACUCCCAACGACUCUCGAAGGAUUGACAUCAUAAAAGCACUGGGCAAGUUUUAACCCGUCUUUCUCUCAAACCAAAACGCUGCAGCUUGAACGAACUAACAGUGACUUUGAUAUUUCCAUCGGACAAUACAUUAUCCCCUAGACAACGAUAGAGCUAUUUCUUAUUGAUUAUUAUUAUACCCGCGCUUUUAGAUUUAGUAUUGACGACGUAUAUUUGUAUGUUUGCAUUGAUAUUAUUUUGUGUAUUUUUAUCAAUCAAUACUGUUAAAAUAGUACCAUCAGACUUCAACGGACCUCUCUAUCUUUGCUGGUAAGUGACCCAGUUACGGGGUUUGUAACAAUGCAUAUAUAACAAUAUAUCUUAUUGUCACUUAUAGUUUCUUUAAUAUAUAUAUAAAUAAGUACUGCAAAAAGAAAAAAAAAUAGUGAGUGUCCAUUUAGAAAUCUGAUGGCAGUGGAGAAGAAGCUGUUCCUAAAGCAUUGAGUAUGUAUCCACAGGCUCUUGUACCUCCUCUUUGAUGGUAGUAGUGUGUAAAGGGCAUGUCCUGGGUGAUAGGGGUCCUUAAUGAUGGUGCUGUCUUUUUAAAGGCAUCACCUUUCGAAGUUGUCCUCAAUGCUGGGGAGGCCAGUGUCCAUGACAGAGCUGAGUUUACAAUUUUCUGAUCUUGUGCAGUGGCGACCAGUCAGAAUGCUCUCCACAGUACAUUUGUAGAAGUUUUUGAUUGUUUUAGUUGACAAACCAAGUCUGCUCAAACUCUUAAUGAAAUAUAGCCACUGUUGUGCCUUCUUAGUAAUUGCAACAAUACGCUGAACCCAGAGAUGUUGACAGCCAGGAACUUGAAACUGCUUACCCUUUCCACAGCUGAUCCCUCGAUGAGGAUUGGUGUGUGUUCCUUCGACUUUUCCUUCCUGAAAUCCACUAUCAAUUCCUUGGUCUUACUGAGAUUGAGUGCAAGGUUGUUGUUGUGAUGCCACUCAACUAGCUGAUGUAUCUCACUCCUAUACUCCUCGUCACCACCUUGCCAACAAUAAUUGUGUCAUUGAUAAAUUUAUAGAGCCAUUUGAGCUUUGUCUAGCCACAUAAUCAUGGUUGUGGAGGGAGUAGAGCAGUGGCCUAAGCACACAUCCUUGAGGUGCACCAGUGUUGAUAGUCAAUGAGGAGAAGGUGUUAUUUCUGAUCUGCACUGACUGUGGUCUCUCAGUAAGGAAGUCAGAGAUCCAGUUGCAGAGGAACAUGCAGAGACCAGGUUUAGGAGAUUAUUACUGAGGGUAUGAUAGUGUUGAAUGCUGAGCUGUAAUCAACAAGCAGCAGCCUGACAUGGAUAUUGCUCUUGUGUGGAGAGCCAGUGAGAUUGCAUCCAUUGUAGAUCUGCAGAUCGGCAAAUUGGAAUGGGUUGAGUUCCUUGUGUUAUGAAUGUACCACAGCUCUGAGGGGCCGAAGGGUGUGGGGUAGUCCUCUCCUUUGUGAGAAUCGCAAGAUCACUGUUGGGUUGGGUCAAGGGGCCCAGGAAAUGAGAGAGGGACGUGCAGAAUGUCUUGUUUCCCCGGCAAUGUAAAGCUAGGGGACAUGGCCAUUGUCUUUUGGAGACAAAUUUGUGGAUUGAGAUACUAUGCUACGUGAACGCCCUCAGGCAAAGUGGGCUGGUUGAGGGAGAGAUUGCAUCACCCCCAACCUGAUUGACAUCUACGACCCUGUGAGUCAGGAUAAAAGAGGGUCUGUAGGAACAGCCCCUCAGGUGCACCAGAAGAAACGUUAAGUGACCACGUAACAGCAGGAAGUCAUCUGAAGGAGGCCACGUGCAUUCAGUUCCGUUGCUGGAACUGGUGGCGGGAACCACGGAAAACGGCUUUUAGAUAACAAUGGGGAAAGCCACUCCCCUGACUCAACGGAUUGGCAUCAUAAAAGACUGGGCAAGUUUAAACCGCCUCUCUCUUAAACCCAAAACGCUGCAGCGUGAACAAACCAACAGUGACUGUUAUAUUUCCAUCGGACAAUACAUUAGCCCCUAGACAACGAUAGAGCUAUUUCUUAUUGGUUAUUAUUAUACCCGCGCUUUAGAUGUAGUAUUGACAACGUAUAUUAUCUGUAUGUUUGCAUUAAUCUUAUUUUUGUGCCCCUUUAUCAAUAAAUACUUUAAAAAAUAGUA